UCGAUGAGCUAAAGAUGGCGGCUGCUGUGUGAUUUGCGUGAGAGGAUUGGAGAUUUUUAGCUAUUUUGGCGGUGUUCUCCAGGAGUUUGUGGAUAAAAUUGGAUUGCACGUGCAAAAUGUAAUAAAAUACCGCGAAAUGAGGUUCUCGAAAACGCACGCGAUCGUUCGUGUUUUGUGAUAAGCUUUGACGUAAGUGUCGUUUGUUUACCACGUCGGGCUUGUGCUUGUGUAACACCACACGCGCCAAGCGAAAAAGAGAAGAAAGCUCUGAGCGAAGACAAGACUGGAGAUAAAGUGCAGCCGGACUUCGGCCCGGUGAAAAGACUGGUAGAGAUGCUGAAACAAUUGCAAAUGGGGAUGAGAGCUUUUCUCCUGAUAGCCUCCCGCGUGUGGACAUGCAUCUGCUUUCUACUGAAGAAGCAGGUUAGAGCCGUAAGUAGGCCUUUGGCGCCUGAAUUUUCAAUAUUUUCUGCAAUUUUGCCUCCACAACACAUCCACGUGGACCAGAUUUCGCAAAUGCAACCCGUUAAAUACGAAAUCUUCCCGUUGUCUCCUUUAUCCAGACACAGACUUAGUAUAGUAAAGAGGAAAGUUCUGGUUCUUGACUUGGACGAAACUCUCAUCCACUCUCAUCACGACGGAGUAGCCAGGCCAACAGUGAGGCCUGGAACACCUCCUGAUUUUGUUCUUAAGGUGAAGAUAGACCGACAUCCCGUCCGAUUUUUCGUCCAUAAGCGACCACACGUUGACUUUUUUUUGGACAUCGUUAGUCAGUGGUACGAAUUGGUGGUUUUCACGGCUUCUAUGGAAAUUUAUGGAGCCGCAGUUGCUGACAAAUUAGAUAACAACAGAGGCAUCUUAAGGCGCAGAUAUUACAGACAGCACUGCACGCCCGAAAUGGGCUCCUAUACUAAGGAUUUGGCUGCCAUUUGUUCAGACUUAGCAUCAGUCUUUAUACUCGACAACAGUCCUGGAGCCUACAGAGCAUAUCCAAAUAAUGCAAUACCAAUAAAGUCGUGGUUUAGCGACGCUGGCGAUACAGCCCUUUUGAGUUUGCUUCCCGUGCUAGACGCCCUCCGCUUCACGCAAGAUGUUCGCUCGGUACUUUCGAGGAAUCUACAUUUACACCAUACCUGGUAGCAUAGUCCCGAUCCGUCGAUUUAAUACAAACCGCUACUAGUUUAGUGUGUCUAGGACAGACCUAUUCAUUGUUAUUAAAUCUAGAGACAUUAGAGCGCAACCCGCAUCAUGAGAUGAGCCCUUUGACCAACUUUGAAUUGAUUGUCCAUGAAUCAAUGCCCGGCAAAAGGGGUUAUGGUGAAAGCACUCAGCGGACACGGGGUCGUCAGCCACUACUUAUGUCAGCACAAAAAUUUCAUAGAAUCACCUUAUUGUUUUCUGUUACUCAAUUUAGUUAAUUACACCUUUGAGGUUCAUUCAUUUUCGUAUCAAGUUAGCCAAAGAGCAGACUUUUUGGACCAGCAGGUAGUGAAAACCUUCCGUAUCAUUCCUACUUUUUCUUUGUGUACGGGGGUCGAUACGUCACCAAUUAGGAGCGAAAGCCGAAAGUCUCAUUUUCUAUUUUGUUACCACUCGCUGCGAAUGCAAUUUUUGUCCAGUGUGCGUCAACAAAAUCAGGCGUCUUAAUUACAAUUAAUGAUUUUCGUCCCGAUUGCGGGUGUAAAUGUGAAAAGUUUGUCUCCUAGUUUCCUAUGAACUCUUAGGAUUCAGUUAGAAGGAGUCAUGAUUUUAUUUUAAACGUUAAUACUAUUUUAGUAAAGAACGAGAUUCAGUGUUCAAUUGGGUCUUUGUCUUCAUGGAGCAUUUCCAUACUUUGAUCUCUUUUUUUUUAAUGAAAGCUACUUUUUCAUUUGUCUUUUCUCGCGUUCACAUCUCUAAUCUCUAGUCUCCCGGGAUUCUGACGAGGCUUUGACGCACGCUCUGUCUAGUUUAAACCUACAACAAAUUUAAUUCCUCGCUAGCUAAAUACACCCUAAAUAUCUUCAGACAUUACGAUCAAUCUUACAGUACGAUCCCUCGGUUGUGUACUACUGACUUAGGAUGGCUAAAAGAGUACUAAAUAAGCCUGUGUGAAUGUAAUCUCGAUUUCAAUUCAACAGAAACUUCUCGAAAGAAAUGAAUUUUUCACGCGCAAUUUUCUACAGUUUUUUAGUUAGAUUUUUGAUGAAAUUAUUGAGUAUUCUAGUACUUUACUGAUUACGACUUGGCGACCUUUUAUUGGCAACAAUUCACGUCCACUCGAAUUGAGAUAUAGAGUUGGAAAUUUGGGGGGAAAAAAUAAAAGGCACUGAGAAAUGUUUUUAUGUACCGUUAGCGCUUUUCACUUAAAUUCCAAGUUUUUUAACUCGAUAUCUCAAUUCGUGUGGACGUAAGUUAUUGCGAAAAAAUGUCAAUAAAGUAUGGGCAUCGGAUAAGUAUUACAUGGCCUGAACACAAUUGAUUAAAAGCAUUGCCGACUGCCAUUUUUGUAAUUCAGAUCGACUGAACUUGUCGAGAUUUAAGAUAUUCAAGAAAAUCUUCCAAUAUAUUGACCAAACGGGUUUAAAAUCUGAGACAAUAGGGGCUUUUUUCCUCAAAUUAAAGAUUACAUUUUCUCUCGUUUUUUCUAGAUUUAGUGUUUUUAAGAUAAAGAAGUUUCUGUGGAAGUGAUGUGCAAAGGGGAAAGGGGAAAGGUGUUUGCUCCGGCCAAGUACUAAGUCAUUUGAAAUGGACUGUGUCGUUCACUGUAUCAGUGAGACGACUUGUCUCGCUUAUUAUAAUCUAUUGAUGAGUAUUAAUGACCAUUGCAAAACGACGGAAUUUAUCUUUGUUUAGGAUUUACAGUACCGAGAGAGGGAGAGGUGCAGGGAAGAGGAGAAAAAUAAUUGGAGAGUAGAGAAUGGAAAUCCAUGUACAGUGGGGGCACUAAAAGUCAUUCGUACACCUCUUUUUUUAUGACUGGUUCAGUUCUCUUAAUUCUCAUUAUUCUAGAGUUAAAAAAGUUUUUCUUUAAAGGUUUGACUGCUCUCAAAAUUCGGUAUAAAAUGAGCCCGGUAUGAAGCAAACUUAUCUAUUUUUUAAAGUAGAUAUUGCAAAAAUAGUGUAAAUGUCAAUUUUUUCUUGAAUAAUCAAUAACUUUUGAAAUAAUCAACAUUUUUUCAAGUUCUUGGGGUCAUUUUCAACCUACUUUUCUUUUCGAAUUGCAAGAACUUGAAUUUGUAAAAAGAAAGUUGGAAAAAUUGCAAUAUUUUUUGUAGUAACAAAAAUAUUUAUUUAGAAUAUAUGAAACAUAUAAUUAUGAAGUUUCCUGAAAAAAUAUAUUUAAUUAUUAUUCUCAUUUGCUUGCACAUGUUUUCACAUUUUUUCCACUUUUUUCUUACCACUUCCUUGCAAUUUGAUAAGAAAAUUGUUACGAUUUAUACUAAUAAGCUUUUGUAAUACAUUUGAAAAUUUAAGAAAAAAUUAAAAUUUACACUAUUUUGCAAUAUCUACUUUAAAAAAUAGACAAAUUGGCUUAUUUUAUACAGAAUUUCGAGAGCAAUCAAACCUUUAAAGGGAAAUUCGUUUAGCCCUGGAAUAAUUAAAAUUUAGGGUAUUCAAACAGUCAUGAGAAAAUCGGUGUAAGAAGACUUUUUAGCGCUCACUGUAAAUCGCUGUGUACUUUAUCCGCUUGUUUAAUUUAAAAUUAUGUAUAACAGUGAACAUUGUGAGGUUUGUACAUAUUAGAAACCAGUGUGUAUUUGUAAUUGCGAGAGUGAUUGGUACGACUGAUCGUGCAGUGUAAUUGAGCCCUAACUGGUAAAAGAAUUAAGUGGGCGCUAUAUAUAAAAUAUAUUACAUAUAUAUAUAUAUAUAUAUAUAUAUAUUAUACAUAUAUAAAUAUUGAAUUUAAUUAUGAUCAAUAAAAGUCUAUAAGAUAACUGAAUAUAUUGAAGUACUGGAUCAAGUCCGCAGGAUAAAUUCUGAGGGAUUUAACUGUCGGGAGAUUUUUGUUUGUUUGUUUCUUGUAAUCGACAUUAUUUCGAGAUUGUUUAAUAGUACAAUUGUUUUGUGCAAGCUUUACUUUAGGAUUAAAUUGUGUCCAAAUCGAUAGACGAGAGUGAACAAAGUAACUUCAUAAUUAUUAUGCGUAUGUACAAAAGGGAAUUUAUUAAUUAAGAAAGACAACAUUGAGUUUAUUCGCUAAAACAUAAUUGUGUAUGGUUCUUUGUACUGCCACCGUCAUGCAAUAAUUAUCCGUACGUCUCUGUACAUUUUGGUUUAAUGUAUACGAUUCAACACAGUGAAAAUAUACAAUUUAUCUGCUUUUGAAUGGCAGUGUUUCUUCUAUAAAAUAUCGAAGACAGUCGAAGAGGAAGCGUUUGCAAUUUGUUCGUAGUAGAUUGUACUUUCACUCUUUGGGCGGAUCUUCUCGGAUCAUUUCCAAGGAGCUGUCAGAGUUGUUGGUACUACUUCCGCUGCCAGCAUCGUCCUCUCGCUCAGUGGACUUUUCUUGGUUUUGGUUUGAUGUGUCCAGCUGCCACGAAGGAAUAGAAGGCGGUGCGCUUGGAAAUUGUUUCCUGAAAUUCAAAUAUUGGCUCGAAUGAUUUGCAUAUCACUUUAUCAAAUAAAAACGGAAGCUCUUUAUUGUAGCUUUAAUAUUUAGUUUAGUGUAGCCGACUAUUGAAAGUUAAAUUAAUUGACCAUGGUUGUGAUGUAAGGAACACAUCUGUAAAAUGUGAACUGAAACCAGGAAAGUGGGUUUAAACCUCUUGAAAAUUGAAUGUCUGUGCAACUCAUUUUUCGUUGCUACAGAUAGAAUAUGAUUGACACUUUUUCAAACAUUCUGUAUUACUUCAUUAUGAAAUUGUAAGAAAAAUAAAAA